CCUUCACAGAGACCGAACUCUGCUCCGUGAACACUUCUGCAAAACAGUCUGAGAUGAGCGAGGAGGCGGAGGAGGCGCAGCUCCCUCGGGGGGUGAUGGAAACCGAGGACGAGCAACAGGAGGGUGGACUUCUGCAGGAGUUGGCAGGGGGGGACGAGGAGCAGGAAGAUCAGGGGCGACCUGUCGAGGGGCAGGAAGAUCAGGGGCGACCUGUCGAGGGGCAGGAAGAUCAGGGGCGACCUGUCGAGGGGCAGGAAGAUCAGGGGCGACCUGUCGAGGGGCAGCAAGAGCGGGAGGAGGUGCAGGAGGGAGAAGAGUUGCAGCAGGAGGGGGAUGAAGAGCAGGGUGAGGAGAUGUCCCUCACAGAGGAAGGGCCGAGGGAUCAGGAGCAGAUGCAGGAGGUGCAGCCAAGCGAGGUAAGGCUGCAGGUUAAGGAGAUGCAGCAGGCUGAGGAGGAGGAGGAGCAGCAGCAGCAUCUGCAGGAGGAGGAGGAGGUGAAGGGUGAGCAGAUGUUACUGACUGAGCAACAUCAGUUUGAAGAGCAGCUGCAGGACGAGGAGGGGAAGCAAACUGAGGAGGUGCAAGACUUUGUGGACACUCUGGAGCAGAACCACAACAAUCAGGUCCUGAUCCGACUGAGAGGAAUGCAGAAAUAUAAAAGUACAUCCCAGAGGCUGAAGGCAGCCCUGGAGCAGAUGGACCGGGGCGUGGUGGACCUGCAGGAGCUCCGCAGGAACCUGGAGCUGGCGGCGGCCAUGCUGGAUGCUGUUUACACGGAUGAGACCAGGCGCCUGUUGGACACAGAGGAUGAGCUGAGCGACCUGCAGGCGGAGUCGGUGCCGAGCGAAGUGCGCGACUGGCUGGCGUGCACUUUCAGCAGGAAGAUGGGCGUGGCCAAGCGCCGUCCUGAGGAGAAGCCACGAUUCAGGAGCAUUGUUCAUGCAGUGCAAGCUGGAAUCUUUGUAGAAAGGAUGUACAGACGGACUUCCAACAUGGCUGGUCUGACCUACCCUCCCACUGCUUUGACAGCUCUGAAGGAGGUGGAUCAGUGGUCCUUCGAUGUAUUCGCCUUCCACGAGGCCACUGGGGAGCACGCCCUCAAGUUCCUGGUCUAUGACCUGCUGACCCGCUAUGACCUCAUCAACAGGUUCAGGAUCCCUGUGCAGGCUCUGGUGCAGUUCGUGGAGGCCCUGGAGAACGGCUACAGCAAACACAGGAACCCCUACCACAACCUGAUCCACGCCGCUGACGUCACUCAGACCGCCCACUUCCUGAUGCUACACACUGGACUGAUGCAUUGGCUCAGCGAGCUGGAGAUCCUCGCCAUGGUGUUUGCCGCGGCGAUCCAUGACUUCGAACACACGGGAACCACAAACAACUUCCACAUCCACACCAGGUCGGAUGUGGCCAUUCUGUACAACGACAGGUCAGUGCUGGAAAACCAUCACGUCAGCACCGCGUACAAGCUGAUGACGGAGGAGGACAUGAACAUCCUGGUCAACCUGAACAAAGAAGACUGGAGGGAGCUGAGGGCUCUGGUGAUAGAGAUGGUGAUGUCCACAGACAUGUCCUGUCACUUUCAGCAGAUCAAGACCAUGAGGAACUCCCUGACGCAGACAAACGGUAUAGACAAAGUGAAGGUUUUGUCUCUGAUGCUUCAUGCAGCAGACAUCAGUCAUCCAGCCAAAGCCUGGCCUCUGCACUACCACUGGACCCACAGCCUGAUGGAAGAGUUCUUCAGACAGGGCGAUAAAGAGGUGGAACUCGGGCUUCCUUUUUCUCCCCUCUGUGACCGCAAAGCCACCAUGAUUGCUCAGUCACAGAUAGGUUUCAUAGACUUCAUCGUCGAGCCCACUUUCACUGUCCUGAUUGACACAACAGAGAAGGUGAUUGGACCUCUGAUAGAAGAAGACAGGAAGGCCAGGGAGACAGGCAACAGAAGGUCCAGCCUAACAGGAAGUGGCUCAGUCACUGUGGAGUCGGUGCAGAGACACAGCAGCAAUCGCCAUGGGAACACAGACGAUGGACAGAUGAACUUUUCUUUGACAGCCAUUGACCUGCCAGGUCUGAGGCACCACCUCUCCAGUGUCAUCGGCAGCAACAAGGACCGAUGGAAGGAACUGUCUGUGCACGAGCUGGCGAAGAAGGAGAAAGAAGAGACAGAGGCAAAAGAAGAAACUGAAGAUUUCCAGUCACAAGCCUCACCCGACCACAGUGUCGCGUGCGGACACAACCCGGAUCCAUCACAGAACUCAGACGAUUGCCCUCCAUCUGAACGGGAUGAUGACGAAUCCUCUGACCGCAUGGUGGCAGAUCCCCAGACCUGCAACGGGGCAGAGGAGGAAGAGGAGGAUGACAAAGUGCCUGAAAACGCCUGACGACGCAACAACGCAAAAUCCUCUAUUUGUCUGACUCCGGCAGAUCACCAUGGCAACAGGCAGCUCGGUGCAGCAACCGCUAGGGUUUAGACUCUUCUGUGUAAAAACACUGCAGCUGACUUAGUGGCCCCUCAGUGGCCCCCAGAGGGCCCCCCCCAGAUUAUUUGUUUACAAGUGACUGUGGAUACAUCAUAUUCAGAGUGACCAUUUUCAUCAGAUCACAGCUUCUUAGCGGCAUCCUGGUCCAUUUUCUUUCAGACUCAGAGGAAAGGUGUCUGGAAAACCAAAGAGUGUGUGAUGUUUGGCGAGUUCCUGUUCAUGACUACAGCAGGCCACUGUCUUUAAUCAGCAGGCAUGAAGCUUGAAGCUGUUAACAAAGCAGCUAUGGAGGUUUUCUGAAUGCAGGUCACAGCAUCAACAGGUGUGAAGUUUAUUAGACUCCUUCAGUUAUCCGGCAUCGGUGCAAGGAGUCGCUGCUGCUCUGCUCUCUGCUCCAGCGUCAAACUCUCAGGUCUGUUGUCCUCACUAAGCCACACCUCCACGUCUGUGAUGUCAGAGCUGACAGAUUUAACUCCAUCAAAAUGUGGCAGUAGUUUCUCGUCCACGACACGUCGGUCAAAUGAAGCAAACUAAAAUCGCUGUAAGCAUGCUGAUGUGAUCAAACCUUUAAACACCUUAAAUCUUCCAUUUCACGCCCGCGUAGGAACCUCGGUCCUCUAAGGCGCUAAUUUCAGCUUUGCUGCUAAUAACAUUUUCGGUUUGUUUUGUUCCUGCUCCUCGUGUUCAUCUUAGCUGCUGUAGAUCGUGUCUCAUAUUUAAAUGUUGUGUUACAUCCAACGGUGUUAAAAUCAUGCUUCUUAAUAUAAAAUGGAAAAGAUAGUAGUGAAUGUCUGAUUUCUGUCUCGCUAGGAAAGAAUUCUAAUCCUAGACACUUUACAGCUUGUUUAGUGGUUUGUAAGACACGUAGUCACACAGAAAAUACAAUUUUAAAGCUACAUUUUUAAAUUAACAAUUACAACAGGUAAACUAUGGAUAUAAUCCCGACAGUGAGCAAACUGUGAUCAGAUAAUAUAAUAAUAGUUUAUUUUCAAUGAUGUCUACAAUACCAUGAUGGAGGACAAACAAUGCAAACUGCUAAUUACAGCAGACAUCUAGUAUUAAAAGAUAAACAAAAGUUAAGAUUAACUGUUGGGCUUGACCAGUGCACUAUGCCAAAGAUGGGACUGCUUACCAAACAUUUCAGACACUGAUAUAGCUUUUUGCGCAGUGUUUCAGCUGGCCUCGGCACAGCGUUCCUCUGCACAGACAUCUGCCCAGGGCGUGCAACGCAGAGCAGGUCAAAUGACAAGAAGUUCAUCAUCCAAUACAGUAUCUCUUUCACUGUGAAUGUCACUCUAAAGGGUAAAACACUGGGAUUGUUAAUGACAAUCCAUAUUUCUUAGCUCAAGAAAAUAAUACAUAGGCCCAUGGUUAUCAAUACAAGCCAGGCACAUGGAUAUUAGGUGAGAUUUUUGUCCAACACGGUGGACAUUAAGUUAUUUUGACAUCUACCAAAAACACACUUAUUGAAUGUUCAUGUAGGAAUUUGUCGUGCAUAGACUGAAAUGAGUUGGGGUUUUCUAUAACCUUCAAGAACAGUGCUGAGAAGUUUCUUUUAGCUCAAUGGCAUCUUGAGGUGGCACAUCUGUUUUUGUUUUAAGUUUCGUGACCUAAGAUGUUUGAAUCAUUUCUCCUUUGUCCUUCUUUCACUUUGCACCUGCUUUCCCACAGUCAUACUCUCCUUCAGGGGGUUAUUCUGUCCUCUCCCAUAUCCAUGUCCCCUCCUAUGUUCUUUUGUAAAUAGUCUUUGGAUUUUUAUUUAUGGACUUUCUGCAUCUCCCUUUGUUUCAUUCCAAUAAAAAUGUCUCAGUGAUUGGAAA